AUGAUGGUGGUGGUGGGAGUGGCUGCUCAUGAUUAUGGUGACGCAUUAUCGAAGAGCAUCUUGUUCUUUGAAGGACAAAGGUCAGGGAAAUUACCCUCCACGCAGAGGAUUACUUGGAGGAAGGAUUCAGCUCUUCAAGACGGCUUUCAGAUUGCUCAGGUCGAUUUGGUGGGGGGUUACUAUGAUGCCGGUGACAAUCUCAAAUUCAACUUUCCAAUGGCAUUCUCCACAACCAUGCUAGCAUGGAGUGUGUUAGAGUUUGGAAAAUUCAUGGACUCAGACAGGCAAUAUGCAUUGGAGGCUAUUCGGUGGGCGACCGACUACUUCCUUAAAGCCACAAGUGUCCCUGGCUUUGUGUAUGUUCAGGUAGGUGACCCUUAUGGAGACCAUAAUUGCUGGGAGAGGCCUGAAGACAUGGACACCCCUAGAACACCUUAUGCUGUUAGCAAAAACUUUCCGGGAUCGGAGGUUUCGGCCGAGCUAGCAGCUGCACUUGCUGCAUCUUCCAUGGUGUUUAGGCCUGUUGAUCGUGACUAUUCUGCUAGGCUCCUUAAAAGGGCCAGAAUGGUUUUUGAAUUUGCGGAUCAAUACAGGGGAUCUUACAACGAUAGCCUUGGACCAUGGGUGUGCCCAUUUUACUGUGAUUUCAGCGGUUAUGAGGAUGAAUUGAUAUGGGGAGCAGCAUGGUUGUAUAAGGCUACUAGAGCCCCUAGUUACUGGCUUUACGUGGUUGACAACAUACACAACUUAGAGAACUCAGCUGUCAAGAAAGUAAACAGUAUCAGCUACAGUACUGGAGGAAGUUUUGCUGAAUUUGGGUGGGACUCCAAGCAUGCUGGCAUUAACAUACUUGUUUCCAAGUGGGUUUUGAACGGCAGUUUGAACUUUAGUCCUUUCAUACCCAAUGCAGACAAGUUUGUGUGCAGUAUCUUGCCUGAAUCACCUACUGUAUCAGUUUCCUUCUCUCCAGGAGGACUUUUAUUCAAACCUGGAGGGAGUAAUUUACAGCACGCAACGGCUUUGUCAUUUCUUCUCGUUGUCUAUGCUCGGUAUUUGAAUCAAGCAAACAGAGUGAUUAAUUGUGGUAAUGUUGUUGCCAAGCCAUCACGACUAGUACAAGUCGCGAGAAGUCAAGUGGAUUAUAUAUUAGGAAGCAAUCCAUUGAACAUGUCAUACAUGGUGGGAUAUGGUAACAAGUUUCCUCAAAAAAUACACCAUCGCGGCUCAUCGAUACCUUCGAUUGAUCAACGCCCAGACCGAAUCGAUUGCAAUGGCGGAACCCAGUACUUCUUGAGCAGCAAUCCUAAUCCUAGCUUGUUAAUUGGAGCUGUUGUUGGAGGACCUGAUAUGAAUGAUUCAUAUAGUGAUUCUAGAGCUGAUUUCGCACAUUCAGAGCCAACCACAUACAUUAAUGCACCCCUUGUGGGACUUUUGGCCUGCUUCAAAGGCCAUCCAAGCUCAUUGAAUCCUCUAUGAAGGAU